AUGUUUACUCCGCCAUGGUGGCUUCUCGUCUGGCUCUUCGUCAGCUCCCUGGGACUUCAUCGGGUCUUGGCGGCCAUUGUGUGCCAAAACACAACCACCAUCAACCGGGUUCAGUUCGCGUCCGACUUUUUGUUCCUCAUCGACAUUUCUCCGAGCAUGUGUCCCUACCAACUCGCCAUUGCCGACGGCCUGUCGACCUUUGUUCAGAAUCUCGCCGACCGCAGCGUUAACGCCCGCUUCGGCAUCGUGACCUUUGGCGGACUGCCAUCCAUCUACCUCCCAUUUACGAUGGACGGGAAUGUGACCCAGAGUGCCCUGCGCGCUGUCGGCUGCUCGGGCUUGGCUCAGGAAGCCGGACUGGAAGCCAUCAGGGUGGUGCUAACCAACCCCGCAGACUUGGCCCAAACGUGCAUGUCAGACUUUACCACCAGUCAGGACUGCUCGCUUCAAUGGAAUCCAGCCAGCCAAAAGCAGAUCAUCCUGGUCACCGAUGAAGACAGCGAUCUUCCGCUCCUCGCUAAAUAUACCCUCGCCGGUCAAAAUGCUUCGGCCUAUGCCUGUGCAACCACCCUUGUUGAUUCGCGGCGGUGUCCAAAAUCGUACCCGCCGUACUCGACAUAUCAGUUCGAGCCAACUUUUUCUCCAAGCAUAUACUACAAAUCGUCUAGACAAAACCAGAUCUAUCGCAAUUCGCCCGAGCCCAUCGUCUUGGCUGAUGUGGCCUACGCCGAAAUCGCCGCCACGGCCAACGCCAUCCUGAGCAGUCAGGCUCUGGUGUCCAUCCUGAUCAAGAGCGACUUCAAUGCCAAUAUAUAUGGGCCCCAAAGCACUUUUGAUUCGCACAACGCCUACUAUAACACCCUGGCGUCGUCAACAAGUCCACCACCUGCCCAAAGCACCAUCCAUACAUCCCUGGCCCAGUACGGAAAUCCAGGAGACAGUGCCGAGAAUGACGACUACACCGGGUUUGAUUCGGCUCGGACCUUGCAAAAUCUGCAGGGCAGUGGGCUCGCUCAAUCGUUGCAAGCUCUCGUACUCCAGGGCAAUGGAUAUCUUCGAACAUAUGCCCUCCAAGACUUUUGUGCCUCCGGCAAUGCUACAAUGUCCGGGUCGUUCUACACCAGCAACUUUUUCGAUCAAGUGGUGCAUUCUGUCAUAUGUAUGACUGUUCCUGGAGGCAAUCUCUCCUCCAGUGGACUUCAAAUAGGUGCUUCCCUCUACAGUGCCAAGCUCUCAUCCUGCGACAACAUAUCCAUGUAUCUGAAUCAAAGCGGCAGUCCCAUCUCUCUAUUGGGUGCUGCGGUCGUCAAUGGCAACGUCACUAAUCAAGGCUCCCUCGCCUCGGCUGCACUACAAGUCUAUUUUGGCGACUUUUACGGGGCAAACACUUCCUAUCCCCAGUCAAACGCCUCGGAUCUCUCCCUCACCUUUCAGUAUCUAUCCAAGGUCUCUAGUGCACUUUUGGCCACUGCCGACAAUGCGCGCUACGAGCUCAACAAUAGUCAAAUCUCAAUCGGCCAAAGCUCUCCCGAAGAUGUCAUCGCCAUAGUGACCAUCGCUGCUGGCGACCUGUCAAGGUGUACUCGUCUCGUACUGGACAGUCUACCAAGCCAGAGUUGCAACCAAACGCUUACCCUGAUUCUCAAUAUCGAAGAAGCCGGCGACAUCCAAGUCAGCAACCUCGACAUGUCGGGGCUCUCUCCUUACCAAACACACUUGGUGCUCAAUUUUGCCAAUGCCACGACUGUGGCCUUCAGUGGCAACACCAGCCUAUUCGGAAUGGUUCUCGCUCCGUCGGCGACGCUGACCCGAUUUGCCGGUCGACUCAAUGGCAGCAUGUUUGUGAGGGAAGUUUCGCUCGUUUCUGAUACCGACCUACCGUCGUAUAUUUCGAUCGAAAGCGCCCCCUUCCAGGGCUGCCUGCCCUUUGAGACCGUCCAGGAGCCGCCAAUUGCCACAAGCACCACUAUCAUUGCUGCAACCGUUGCCGGAGGCGUUGCUGCCGUGGGGGCCGCAGGAGCAGCAAUCUUCUUUUAUCGAACCAACUUCAUUCGUUCCAAUAUCUUGACGAACGCCAUGACUGGCAAUCCCUUCUCGGGCCAGAUGAAUCCGCUCUAUCAGUCACCCGGCGGCCUUCAUGACAACCCGCUCUAUGAGGGUGCUUAG